AUGGCGUCAUCGGCAUUUCGUGCACCAUUCGCAAGUCCUGCCUCUGAAGAGGUCUGCCUGUGCAUUAUUUCCUGUCCCUAUUGUUCGAUCCACGAAGGCGCGAAGAACCCGCGACUAUCCCUCCAGCUCUGCCAUUGUCGUGGAGGAAUCUACUCGGCGGUGCGUGGACUGGAUGCUGGCUUGACUGGACCACUCUCUGAGGCGAAAGGCGCCGCAGCCGCCGCCGCCCCGGCCGCUACCGCCCCUGCUCCUUCUGCUGCCGCCAGCACGGGGUUUGCGGCGACAACGCAGGCGGCGCCGGCGGCAGCGGGGGGUCCUACUGCGGCGGCGCCGGCGGCGCCUGGGACGGGGACGGCGGCGAUGGCGGCGCCGCAAGCAGCUCCCGCCGGGCUUGAUCCUGCCCAGCAGUUUGCUCAUAUGGGAGAGCUCGCUGCGCGGGCCUGCGAGAAGUACUUCUUGCGAGUGUUCCCCCUGCUUCGGCUCUUCGUGCAGGCAAACCCACGCCCAAGUAUGGCUUGA